AUGAAAGUAACGAUACCUGGUUUAACGUCGUUCUUCCUCAAGUUGCGCGAGGCUUACAUCCAGGUCUGGGAUGUCGGAGGAAACAUACGCCCCAAAAGCGUGAUGGAGGGGAGCGAAGGGCGGCCGUGCCUGGCAGACGCUUACGUCGAGGUGGAUGAGAUGGUCUUCUCUACCAUCGAUUGGAUCCUCGCCAAGAUAGGGAUCCCACCUUUGGAGAUCGACAUCUUGGUCACCACCAUCUCCUUGCUUUCUCCAGCUCCUUCAUGGACUGCUCGGAUCCUUAACAGGUACUAA